AUGACCAUAAAGAUACUAAGCUCAAUAAUGACCAAGGGUAAAACGACAGGUAGAGAGUUAUUUGAGAGGAUCGGUUGUCCAUCCAGGAUCCUGGCGCCUAUGGUGGAUCAAUCCGAAUUAGCAUGGAGGAUUCUGUCGAGAAGAUACGGUGCUACGUUGUGUUAUACACCAAUGUUCCAUGCGAAGUUAUUUGCCACGUCUGAAAAAUAUAGGAGAGACAUGUGGUGUGAAUUGGACGGUAAUUCAGAUAUUGAUAGACCACUGAUUGUUCAGUUCUGUGCUAACGAUCCGGAAUACUUGUUGGCAGCUGCAAAAUUGGUACAGGAUAAAUGUGAUGCAGUAGAUUUGAACUUAGGAUGUCCUCAAGGUAUUGCAAAGAAGGGUCAUUACGGUUCUUUCUUGAUGGAAGAGUGGGAUUUGAUACAUAAAUUGAUUAGAACGCUGCAUGACAAUCUUGAUGUGCCUGUUACUGCCAAGAUACGUGUGUUUCCAGAACGUGAAAAGACGUUAGAGUAUGCUAAGAUGGUUUUAGAUGCAGGUGCGCAGUUUUUGACUGUUCAUGGUAGAUUAAGAGAGCAGAAGGGACAAAAGACAGGGUUGGCGAAUUGGAAUAUUAUAAAAUACCUAAGGGACAAUCUUCCCAGUGAAACAGUCUUUUUCGCUAAUGGUAAUAUUUUAUAUCCUGAAGAUAUUUCGAGAUGUAUGGGGACCAUUGAAUGUGAUGCUGUAAUGAGUGCAGAGGGGAAUUUGUAUAACCCCGGUCUCUUUAAUGUUGAUCACGUUGAAGAAAAGGAUAAGACUUUCCCACGUGUAGAUAAAAUAGUUAGAGAGUAUUUUGAGAUUGUUAAAGAGUGUAGAGAGUCGAAUGCUUCACGGUCAGCAAUGAAAUCUCACUUUUUCAAGAUACUGCGACCUUUCUUAGCUAAUCACACUGACAUUAGAUCUGAAUUGGCGUCGAUGAGUGCCAAAUCUUCGCUUGAAGAAUGGGAGGAGAAGAUUGUGGUGCCUGUUGAAAAGACGGUUGCUACGAUCUUUGCUCAGGACGAUAUUGAAGAGAAAGAUGUGAUUACUGUUGGUGGCCAAGAACUUUGGGGAGGCGCAUACAAGAGUAUUCCAUACUGGAGGUGCCAACCCUACUUCAGGCCUGUCGACGGUGUUACUGGUGAUAAAAGGGCAGUGGAAGCACUCAAAGCUAAUAUAGAGGACAAGGACGAUAUAAAGAAGAGAAAGGCAGAAACUGUCCUUGAGAAGACUGCGAACAAGGAUGGUAAAACAAAAUUGUGA